AUGCAUUGGAUUAAAGGAGAAAUCCUCGGGAAGGGCGGUUAUGGGUUCGUCUCGAAGGCCACAAUCCACCAACACCCUUCUUCCAGCGGACAUCAUUAUCACCAUCAUCUUCCACCUUUGAUCGUCAGAAGAGCAAACAUAAAAAACGCUAAACAGAGUAGAGAAGAGCAAACAUCAACACACAAAGGCUGCAUCCCAAUUAACAAAAACACAUCAAUUUUAAGUGUGGUGGGUCUAAAGUUCCUGCUUGGUCGGCUUAACAACCCCAUCAUUGUUCCCCUUCUCCUCAAUACUAAUCACUUUCGGUUCCUUCUUCUCCUUCUCCGCCAGCUUGGGGACGCUGAUCCUCAGCACGCCGUCCUCGAGGCGCGCGCUCACCUUCUCCAUAUCCGCAUCCGCCGGCAGCCUGAACUGCCGCCAGAACUUCCCGGCGGUGCGCUCCACCCUGUGCCACCGCUCGUCCUUCACCUCUUCCUCCGUCCGCCGUUCGCCGCUCACCCGCAGCACCCUGUUCUCCUCCACCUCGAUCCUGAUGUCUUCCCUCUUCAUCCCGGGGAUGUCCAGCGAGAUCUCGUGCGCCGCCGGCGUCUCCCGCCAGUCCGCCCGAGCGAGGGCCAGGGCGCCGCCGUCGUCGGGGACCCUGGGGAUCGAGAGCGGGGAGUGCUCCAGGAUCCGGAAAGGGUCCUCGGCUGGGAACACGAGGUCAAAGAUGGAUUGGGGGCGCGUGUAGGGCACGAGAGAUUGAGCGGGAGUGAGGAGCGCCAACAGGGAGACAAACGCAAUUAUUGCCGCGCAAAGGCUCGCGAAUUUCGCCAUUGGUUGAUAACGGUUAGAUGUCACGUGCAGUGUGGUUUAUGUGCGUUCGAGAGAGUGAUUGUGGUUGGAAUUUAUGGUGUCUGGAAAGUGAUAAGAGAGAAUACAUACACGGUUCCAGAGAGAAACGGUUCCAGAGAGAAGAGAGAGAAACAGAGGAAUUCUGGAAGUGUCGGGAGAAAUAAAAGGUAG